AUGAGUGAGCAUGCAAUGCCAAUAGAUUCACAACAUCGAAACAGAUUGAUUCAAAUGGAGUCUGAUCAAAGUACGCAUCGUGCAGAUUCUGAUAAUUAUUCAUUACACACUCAAACUGUAAUGACUCAACAGCAGCAAAAUUCUAAUUUAUCAACAAUUCGUUCGUUAUCAAAUAGAAUUGAUUCUCUCGCUGAUCAGACAAAUAAAGUUUAUACCGGAACAUAUGGAAAUAUUGAUCAUCAGCAAGAGUAUCGACCACAAUUUACUGGGGUUGAACGGCAUGAAUGGGCAUUAGACACAAAUGAGUGA